GUUGAGACAUUUUUAUAUUUCAUAGGAAGGACAUCCAUAUUACUAACCUGGUCUACAUGAUGUCAUAAAGGCAAAGCCACAAGAACAUAGGGAGUGGAAUGUAUUGUUAAUGUAUAUCGUGUGAGUUCAAAGUUAUGAGCAGAACUAGAUGGAACAGAAUAAUAAUAGAAUAGAAAAGUAAGAAACUCAAAACAGUUUAUUUUCAUUUAUUCCUUUUUAUUGGUGGUUUUGGACAUUUCAGAGCUCAAAAUGCCUGCUGCUGUGGAGUGGGAUGAUGUGAAGAAGCUGGACCCGGCGACCCUCCAUGAGCGUUACAAGGAUGAACUGGACAGCUUCAUCGACCUUCUCACCUCGGCAGAAGAGUGGGAGAUGGAGCGGCGAGCUCAGGAGGACGUCGUCCACAUACUGCGAGUGUUUCAGGCCUUGCUCAAGAUGAAACAUCAGGAAGCGACUUUGGCCGAACGGUUAGUUGAAGAACAAGAGAAAAAUGAGAACACGCUUCUCAUCAAGGUGUCCAGACUGGAGGAAGAACUAACGUAUGCAGGCACUGGUCCAGAAAACCGCUUUCUGAGGAAUGAAAUCCAGCAGCUGAAGGGUCAGCUGAGGCACAAGGAGGAGAUGGUCAACCAGCUGAAGAAAGAAAUAAAAAGAGAGAAGAAGACCUCGGAGAAGCUAUUUUUGCAAGCGGAGUCUGCAGAGGAAGACCUGAAGAUGUUGAAAAGAGAGAACACGCAGCUCCAGCAGGACGUCGACUUUUAUCAUGGCGAGUUGGCGCUUAAGGAGUCGGAUGUGUCCAAAGAGGAGACCGCAGAGACUCAGCAGAAGCUCAUCUUGGCCAACCGACAGCUCUCCCAAUGCAUGGACGAACUUCAGCAAGCGGAGGAAGAAAUCUUGCGACUGAAAGCGGACAACCUACGCAUGCAUUCUCUUCCUUCUCAUGUCAUCACUUCAUCACCCACUUCCUCUUUCUCCUCCUCCUCGUCCUUCACCUCAGCUCCGACUCAUGCAUCUAAUCAGCAAACCCAGAAGCCCGCCGAGGCACCCUUGAAAGAAAGGAAUAGUGGGCCCUGUAGGUCGCAAGCCCUGCAGGGGGAUGAUGUGGAAGCCGAAAUAUGGAAGCCAACCAACAGUCGGACGGCUCUUCAUCGACAACACGACUACCAUGACGACGAGCAAGAGGAAAAAGAUGAGGAGGAGGAAGGAGACGCAAAGUAUUCCAGUGACAUCAUGCUUUGUGUGAACCCAUCAAUGAGCGGAGUUUCAUGA